GAACAGAGGAACCAGAAGGCCGAAAAUGGCGUCAAAUUUCAAUCCAAUGGCUUCCGGUAAUAGUUUUUCUACCGAUAAUGCGAUUAAAACGGAAAGUAAAACAGACGUAUCUGACAAACAGACACUGCUUGCAGUUCUCCAAUUUUUAAAGAAGAACAAUCUUACGGGCACUGAAGAGUUGCUAAAGAAGGAAACAGGCCUUGAUGAUGCCGAUGUUAAACCAGAUACCACUGCCCAAUCAGCAUCAGAAGUUUCACAUGCACUUGCUGCUUACAAAAGUGAUGAUGACCCCAGCUUGUAUGAUGAUCAUUAUACCAACUUCAAAGCCUUCAUAGAAUCAUGCCUCGAUGUACAUAAGGUAGAGCUAGCCACUAUCCUGUAUCCAGUAUUUGUACAUAUGUAUUUAGAACUGGUUUACAAUGGACACGAACAGCAUGCUAUGAAAUUCUUCAACAAUUUUUCCCGGGACCAGGAGGAAUAUUAUACCGAGGAUUUGAAAAAAUUGUCAACAGUUACAAAAGCAGAACAUAUGAAAGGUAGUCAGCUGAUGGAGAACUUUAAGUCAAGCAAAUUUGUGCUGAAAAUGUCCAGAGAUUCAUACACACAUUUGAAGAGAUAUCUUCAGGAAAAACAGCUGAUUUUAUUGCUUAACAUUAUACAGGAGCAUUUGUUUAUUGAUGUAUUUGAUGGCAUUCCAAGAACAAAACACCAGAUAGACAUGACUAGUGGUGGACUGCUGGGUGAGGCCGCAAGAGAAGCAAACAAAACUAAGAUGUUCUACGGGCUUCUGAAGGAACCGGAUAUAAAUAUCCCUGCGGAAGAUGAUGAUGAUGGUGGAGGGGAUGGAGAGGAUAAACCUAAAAAAAAGAAACAGAAGAAGGAUCCAUUGAUGAUGAAGAAAGCCAGGAAUGACCCAAAUGCUCCUGCAAUUACCAGAAUACCCAUGCCAGAACUGAAGGACAAUGACAAGAUGGAGAAAAUCAGUGCAUUCAGGGAGGCCCUGAAGAGGGUGAAAAUGGGGCCAAAUUCCUUACCAUCAAUCUGCUUCUAUACAUUUCAUAAUGCUGUGCAGGGUUUGACAUCAGUGGAAAUAUCUGAGGAUUCUAGUUUGAUGUGUACAGGGUUUGGAGAUUCAAACAUUAAGGUGUGGUCUCUGACCCCAAAUAAACUGAGAUGUAUGAAACAGGUGGAGGAGCUCGAAAUCAUUGAUAAAGAAGCAGAUGAUGUGUUGGAGAGGAUGAUGGAUGAGCGUACAUCUGAUGAUACCAAACUUCUGGUUGGACAUAGCGGACCUGUAUACAGUGGUAGUUUCUCUCCAGACAGAAGCUACCUCACAUCGAGUUCUGAAGACGGUACUGUUCGUUUAUGGAGUCUUCACACGUGGACAAAUUUGGUGUCAUACAAAGGGCAUAAUGCACCAGUUUGGGAUGUUAAAUUCAGUCCACACGGCCAUUAUUUUGUGUCCGGUGGCAAUGAUAGAGUAGCCAGGUUGUGGACCACAGAUCACUACCAGCCUGUUAGAAUAUUUGGAGGACACUUCUCAGAUGUUGAUAGUGUACAGUUUCAUCCCAAUGGUAACUAUGUGGCCACGGGAUCCAGUGAUAGAGCUGUGAGGAUAUUUGAUGUACUAAAUGGCGGAUGUGUUAGAACUCUCACAGGACAUAAGGGUGCUAUACAUAGUCUGUGUUUUUCACCUGAUGGCAGAUAUUUGGCAUCUUCAGGUUUAGAUGGUAAUAUAUGUCUGUGGGACAUCUCCAAUGGAAACAUGUUAGCACAGAUGAGAGAUCAUAGUAGUACUGUGUAUUCACUGUGCUUCAGUAGAUGUGGAGCUGUGCUGGCUUCAGGUGGUUUAGAUAAUUGUGUCAAACUGUGGGAUGUUACCAAGGUAAUCAAGGAGAUGGAUAAAGACAUGGAUGCCAGCAUACCAAGUUCUCUCUCUGUGAAUGAGAAUCCUAACCUUCUGAUAGGAAGCUUUGCUACCAAGGCAACACCAGUACUCUCUAUACACUUUACCAGGAAGAAUCUACUCCUGGCAGCAGGACCAAUGAAAGUGUCAUGAAAUGACAGAAAUUAUUAUAGUGUUAAUUAUGAUUGAUACAGUUAUGUUCUUCUGCAGGCAGCUAUGGAUUUAUAGAUGAUCACAAUCUAGUAUUGAUAUAAAUAUGAACACGAGAAAUGUCAUAAAUAGAAUCUGCAGUAAGCUAUGGAUAUAUAGAUGAACACUCAGUGGUAUUGAUAUACACAUGAACAC